AUGCGAAGUCUGCAGCCCAGCGCUGACUCUUUGCCUGACCAACCUCUCUACAAUCCUUCCCUUCCUUUACCCUCUCACCCUCCCGUCGUCACGGGGUUGAAACAGUUGCACGCCCUUGCGCCGACGGAGAGUGCAGGUCGUGCCUCCGAGAUUCGCCUCCCUUUCACACUUUAA